AUGAAGGGUCAUCUCAAUAAUGAUGCUCUAGUUUCGGUCUUGGAUGCAGUGCAAUCUGUAGUUCCUGAUGAGUUAAAUGAUGCUUUAUGCUCUACUCCCUAUGAGGAGGAAAUCCAGGGUGCCUUAUUUAGAAUGGCUCCAUUGAAAUCCCCAGGGCCGGAUGGCUUUCCCCCUGUGUUCUAUCAGAAGUGUUGGGAGGUGGUGAAGGAUGACUUGGUGGAUGCCCCUGAAAGUGCUGACCAAUUCCGGCCUAUUAGCUUGUGUAACAUUGCUUUCAAGAUUGUAACCAAGCUCAUUGCUGAUCGGCUUAGUGGGGCUUUGGAUCAGAUUAUCUCCCCUUCUCAGUCGGCCUUUAUCCCAAAUAGACUUAUUUCAGACAACAUUUUGGUGGCUCACGAAUUGUUUCAUUACAUCAAGAAGCUGAGGAAAGGAAAGGAGAGGUACUUUGACCUAAAGUUAGAUAUGCGAAAGGCAUAUGACAGACUGGAGUGGAGCUUUAUCGAAGGUAUGCUUCUUAAGCUUGGCUUUAGGAGCACUUGGGUUCAGUUGGCUCUUACUGCUACUAUUAGAAAGGCUGAGUUGACUGGUGAUCUUAAGGGGGUUAGAGUUUGGCAUAGAGGUGUUCCUGUUACUCAUUUACUUUUUGCAGAUGACUGCCUGUUAUUUGCUAAAGUUAACCUGCAGGAGGUCAAUGCUCUAAAGGAUUGCUUGGAUAUCUAUUGCAAAGCUACUGGGCAGGUUGAGUAUGGUGAUGGGCCGAGCAAGUACUUAGGCUUGCCUACGCAUUUUGGUGUUUCUAAGAAGGAGAUUUUCAAUGACAUCAAGGAGAAAACUCUUAAUAAGCUUCAGGGGUGGAAGGAGAAAUUACUGUCUCAUGCAGGGAAAGAAGCUUUGAUUAAAUCUGCAGUGGCUCCUAUGGCAAACUAUGCUAGCUCCCAUUUCAAGCUCCCUACCUCUUUUCAUGACUCGGUGAGGAAAGCAUCUGCGAGCUUCUAUUGGGGUGAUUCUGAGGAGAAGAAGAAUAUUCACUGGAUGUCUUGGCAGCGCCUGUGUAGACCAAAGUCUAGAGGAGGUUUGGGCUUUAAGGAUUCCAAGCUGCAAAACCGAGCUCUCCUUGCAAAAGCUGCUUGGCGGCUUUGGUCUAGUCCGAACUCCCAUUGGGCAAAAUUUUUUAAGUCUAUUUAUUUCCCUCACUGUGACUUCUUGGAGGCUAGAGUGGGUAAUCGUCCCUCGAGGGGCUGGAGAAGUAUCUUGGUGGGUCGCGAUGUUAUUCUUGAAGGGUUUAUUUGGAAGAUAGGUGAUGGUACAAGGAUCAGAAUUUGGGGUGAUAGUUGGGUUCCAACUCUACCGAAUUGGAAAUUACAAUGCCCUAGACUGGAAGGGUGUAAUAUAGAGAUGGUGGCGGAUCUUAUCGACCAGUCCAAUAGAAGAUGGAAUCUCAAACUUCUACAUUCAGUUUUCGACCCUACUGAUAGGAAUGCUAUUCUUAAAAUCCCCCUAAGUCUUUACCUCGGUGUUGAUAAGAGAUGUUGGGGAGCUUCAAAGAAUGGUCUUUUUUUUGUUAAGUCAGCUUAUCAUUUUCUUGCCAAGAAGGAAGAUGAGGUUAUCUCUGCCAGGGCGUCGUCUUCUAGAUCUCGGCAGUGGGAGCUUACUCCGGAUGUGGUUUGGAACCGGAUCUGGUCCAUCCAAACUUUACCAAAGAUUAAAGCCUUCUUGUGGCGAGUGUGUAACGAAGCUAUUGCUUCAGGCGCUAGUUUACAAUUGAGAAAGGCUUGGACUCCUUCUGAGGUUCUUCAAAUGGUCGAUAAGGCUUAUGAGGAGUUCUUCAGUUCUGUGCUUAAGCCUAUGGAUCGUCCUAUUAAUUUUGAUAGAAGUUCCCCUCGUGAUUGCCUUCAUUGGUCUCCCCCCCCUGUGGGCAGUAUUAAGGUUAAUUGUGAUGCAACGCUCACGAAGGAUGCAGUGAAAGGUGGCUUGGGUAUGGUCUUUAGAGACCAUACUAGGAGGUUGCUAAAUGCUCGAUCCCUCCCUCAGUUGUUUGGCUCGAUCAUCCAAGGGGAGUUACUGGCUAUCCGAGGUGCGCUGAUUUAUGCUUUGGAGCUUGGGUAUGUCAAGCUUGCGGUGGAGUCUGAUAGCAUGGAUGCUAUCUUGUGUAUUGAAGGAAAGAAGACCCCGGUUUGGGAAGUGGAGAAUCUAGUUGCUGAUGUGAUUAGAUUGAUACCAUCUUUUGAUUCUGUUGUUUUUUCCUUUGUUUCUACGGAUAUGAAUGGUGUUUCAGAUGCCCUAACCAGGAAGGCCCUGUCUCUUGGGUGCUUGACACAUUCCAUUCGGUGGCUUCAGGAUCUUUGUGAUACUGAAGCUGCUGGUUGUACUCCCCCCUCUCAUCAAUAA